ACUUUGGGGCUAGGCUAAUUGGUAUGAGCGAGAGAAAUAUUUAUUAAUUUAAUUGUUCACAAAAAAAAAAAGAAAGAACUUAUCGUAGAGAAUAAACAGGAUGGACAAUCUAUAUUUAUCUAGCUUAGACUAAAACACAACUGCUAAUGAGAAAAUCAGCCAGUUCGUAGGUAUCACUCUCGUGACUAUAUCGUACAUAUUUUUCACGCUUGAUUUAUUCAAAUGCAUUAAAAUAAUAAUAAGUAAUAAUAAUAAUUUUGUUUCGAGUCUAACCACUAUGGAAAAUUUACCAAACAACCCAUUGAUAGAGUUUCAUGCGGACACAUUGCAUGCUGUCAGGAAAAUUUAUAAUUUGGAUCAGCCGGGAGCUAUAAAUGAGGCCAUCGAUACUUUUGAGGCUUGGAUUCAAAAACAAAACCAUUUCACUAAAAAGGAUUUUGACCGAGAUUAUUUAGAGAGGACAAUCAUAAGGUCAAAAGGAUCAGUUGAACGUGCGAAAGAACAUCUCGAUAAGACCUGUACAUCAAGAACACUCGUACCACACUUCUUCCUAAAAUGCGACGUCAGAGACCCUAUUAUAGCAAAUGCAGUAGAGGCGUUUAUGCCAAAACUGACGGAUGACUACUACCGCGUUUACAUGGCAUACAAUUCGAUACAAGAAUACACUUCGGAACUUUUCACUGCCUUUUAUAAACGAUGGGCUUAUAGAAUGGAAUACAUCUGUGCCCAUGAUUACGCAUGCGGCCUAAUUAUGGUGUUAGAUUUUCGAAACACAAACCUUUUGGAGUUUGUUAAACAUAUGCAUAUUGGUGAUUUCGCGCACGCUUUUAAUCUAGUACUGGGUGGUUAUGGUUUCAGAUUAAAAGGUUUGUACUUAAUGACAUCUUCAAAGUUUGUUGAUUCGUUUGUGUCUAUAUUGAAACAAGUACUGAGUGCAAAAAUCGGCCAACGUAUUCGUGUCAUGCAUCACGUGGAAGAUUUGUACGAAUAUAUCGACAAGAAGCUUUUACCAAAAGAGUAUGGUGGUGAGGAAUUAUCCUUAAAGGAACAGCAUGAAAAAUGGUUGAAUGUAUUAGGCUCAGAGGAUUAUGACAAAUAUUUGACAAACAUCUAUGAGGCCAAAACCAUUGAGAAGCUCAGACUCAAAGAUGGCUCAGCAGAUGAUCAGUUGGGAAUUGCUGGAACAUUUAGAACAUUGAAAGUGGACUGAAUAUUUUUCUUUCGUGUUUAUUGCGUGAACCUUAUUGUAAUUAUUUUAGUUAAUGCAUGUCGUUGCCGUUGCAACAUUAUGCUAAGGUGGGGCGUUAUAGUCGAUAUACUUCUGUCUCGUGUUUAUGUAGAAACCUUAUUGCAACUUUGUUAAUUAAUGUAUGACGUUAGUAAAUGUUUUGCUUUCUUUCUUUUUCUCGAUGGUACUUUGUUUCAAACUUCUUGAUUGUAAUUUAAAAAAGUCAUGUUUUAAACUUGUGUAACUUAUUGUAUCUCUAUUGACAUCAAACAGUUAAUGAAGCUGAAUUAAGCUUAUACUAUGUAACUGGCUCUAAAAAUAUAAAUAGCAGAGAAAUUUUAUUUGCAACUCCACCAGUUAAUAGUACUAGUGCAAUACUUAGAUUAUUUUUAAAAUUAUGAAUUAUUAUUAGUUGUAGCUUAAGAGGUUAAAAAAUAGAUUUUUUUUAAUGACAUAUAUCAUGGAGAUGGGGCAAAUAAUUACAAUUGUUAUUAACUAAGUAUAAGAAAUACACUAAAAGUUUGGUC